AUCAUCCACGAUCGCUCCUGCGUCGCCGCCUCUCCGGCGGCGUGUCUCGAUGGAAGAGGAUUUCUACUACCAGCGUAUCAUGACAAGCCCGCGCCGACCCUCGCAGCCGCCCCCGUACCAGCAAGAGCCUACAUCAACGUCAACUACAGAUCGUUCAGCAAAGGGGAAACGCCUCGCGAGCGGUGGGGGCGGCCAGAGUCAAGUUCGCCCAGGUACAACAAAGCAAAAGGAACCAUUACCCGACUACAAGAGUUAUAUAGCCCUCGAGGGCGUCUUUGACAAGAAACACGAAAUCGAGAAUACAAUAAAGAGGGCCGAGGACCGUCAAUGGCAUCCCGUCUAUGUGACACUCAACGGGACCGCACUCAGCAUCUAUGGGGCGAAGAAAGCUUGGGGAUGGGGAAGGACUCGUGAUGACGGACCAUCAAUCGACCCGGACAACCCUCCAUGGAUGAAAAAGGGCAAGCUUGAAAAAACGUACAGCCUACUCUAUGCGGAUGUUGGUAUCGCCGCCGACUAUAAGAAGCGACGAUAUACCAUCCGUGUUCGCGCAGAAACAGACCAAUUUCUUCUGUGCUGCGUUGAACUGAGUACCUUUAUCAAGUGGCUCGAAGGACUGUUUGCCGCCAUCGACAUCGCUCUCCCUCUAGAGGACCGAGAUUUUCCCCGUGAUAUGUCCAUACCCCGGAUUCAAAGGAUUCGCUGGUUUCAUGGACAGGCCCCAACCGCCACUGCCAUUGACCUUUCGGAGUUGGGUAUCGAAGAACCUCCUGAAGAAGUCUCGGAGAAUCCAGAUGUGGAACGGUUGUCGACACGUACGGUUGUGGCGCCAGACUCUCAAACCAGAGUUGAAGCGGAGCUCGAGGUUGAUGGGGAUGAGGAAGAAAUAGCAGAGCCUCCUCCGCGAAUAGACCCGAUCCGCCGUCUCAGCACGACGUCAUACAACAACCUAGGUAUCGACCCUGUCGAUGGCAAAUGGAUCCCGGAACAUCGGUGGUCAAGUGCCCACGACAUGCUGUACGCCAAGCUAUGCUACAGCAACCUCUUGUUCAGGAGCCCCCGCAAAUCUCCAUACAUCAUCAGCAAGGGGAAGAAGUGGUACGUUGAUUGGACGACAGGCCGCAUGGUCAGGGUUCUGCCACCAGCGUACGGAGAGAUCGACUAUUUUGGAGCUUGGCAAACGGUUCAUACCGAAAACAGGAGGAUAUAGACCGGCCGAUGAUUGACACGCAUACGAACAUUCCCUAUUCUCAAGACUUGGACCCUCGGAUUCUCAGAUCUCGAUAUACUCGACUUCUACAUCAACCAACACAUUACCUCCAAGGGACCAGUCACAUCCCAAUAUCUCACAACACAACAACCUACCUCCCGACAAUACCUCAUCUACAUUUUAGAGCCGACGAUGAACUCACACGACACGGGAUUUAAAGACUUACAGGGCACGGCGCUCACCAUCUCAUUUCUUUGAUGAUUGAUUGUACAUACUUUGCAUAUCGGGCGCAUUCAGGGGUUGCAUAAGCCAACGGUGGCAAAGACUUAUGAUCAUGGGCCGGAGUUUUAGUUGUUUUGUCGUUUUGGUUAAAGUAAAGCUCUUCUCGCGGUGCAUGGCAUGGAUGGUUAAUACUCACCCAUGGAUAUCGUACAUGAUUUUGUAUAUACACGACUUUUACUAUCACGCGGUCACGAUUGACUGUUAUGGUGCUUGUACAUAGGUACAUAUGAGAGGACAAAUAUCAGGAUAUAGCUCCUCGUC